CUUCCUUGUUUCCCUCUUCCUACACCGCAGCACUCUCUUUCUUCUUCUUCUUCAUUCUUCAUUCUUCAUUCUUGUUCUCUGUUUCUCUUUCUCCUUGUUUGGAAGUUGAAACUAUGGACAAUGUUAAACUGGUUAAGAAUGGUGUUUUGAGAUUGCCACCUGGAUUCAGAUUUCAUCCUACUGAUGAAGAACUUGUUGUUCAGUACCUUAAGAAGAAAGUUUCUUCUUCUCCUUUGCCAGCUUCUAUCAUCCCUGAGUUUGAUGUUUGCAGAGCUGAUCCUUGGGAUUUGCCUGGUAAUUUGGACAAGGAGAGGUACUUUUUUAGCACAAGAGAAGCCAAGUACCCAAAUGGGAACCGGUCGAACCGGGCAACCGGGUCUGGUUAUUGGAAAGCUACCGGUAUUGAUAAACGGGUUGUGACCUCUAGAGGAAAUCAAAUCGUUGGUUUGAAGAAAACUCUUGUUUUUUACAAAGGCAAACCACCUCAUGGCUCUAGAACCGAUUGGAUCAUGCACGAAUACCGUCUCUCCUCUUCUCCUCCGAGUUGUAUGGGUCCAACUCAGAACUGGGUUCUCUGCCGUAUCUUCUUGAAGAAAAGAGCCGGUAACAAGAACGACGACGACGAUGGAGAUAGCCGGACUCUUAGAUAUAAUAAUAAUAAUAAUAAUAACACUAAUGACCAAAUUGAUAUAAUUACAAGAACAGAACAAACAGAUGAUAAAACGAAACCAAUCUUCUUCGAUUUCAUGAGAAAAGAAAGGACAACGGAUUUGAACCUUAUGCCUAGCUCUCCUUCUUCAGACCAUGCUUCAAGUGGAGUCACCACGGAGAUCUUCUCUUCUUCUUCUUCCGAUGAAGAGACCAGUAGUUGCAAUAGUUUCAGAAGAAAUCUUUAAUUUAAUUUUUAAUGUUGACUAUCCUUUUUAAAAUAAUAAUUAAGUUUCAUAAUAAUUUUAUAUUAA